GGGAUCUAGCCCAUCCCACGAACCAACAACGGGGUUCUUCGUUUGGGCAUUGUGUAUUAGGAGACCCCCAACAAAGGACCCAGCUUUAGGGCGGUAUGUCUUUUGCAUGAACCCAGUCUGGUGGUGGGAAAACAUCCAGAGGCAAUCAUUCAGAAAUGAGGCUCUUCAGAAACUUUUGGCAAAGGCGGCUUUUGUUACAGCAGGACACUCCAAGCACAGUCGGUCCCUGAGCGAAAGCGGACGCACGGCCACCGAAAACUGAGGUGGAGGUUCUCAUGAGGUUCGCCAACCUUCUGCUAAACUGAACUCAAGCAAGGAACGUUCAGCCUUAGCUUUCUGCUCUGCGAAAGGGCUGGACCGAGGGAGGAGGGAGGGUGAGGCAGUCAGCCAAGACAGCUCAGGUCAGAUGCGUCCCUCUUCCAGCUAGCUGGAGGCAGAAGUUGGAGCAAGAAGACCUGUUCCUCCCUUUCUGACUUCUUGCUGUUUGGGAACUCCUCACCAGCAUGGCCUGGCUCCUUUGGUUGGGGUGCGGUCUCCUGGUUGUUUCUGGCCAGCAAGACCCUGAACUCUUAGCCAGGGAUUUGGAAGAGGCUGAGAUUAUGGAUUAUAACCUCAUCGACAAUGUUGCACGGAGAGUCCCAAGACGGACAAGCUUUCUGCAGAGAUUGGUGUGUAAUAUUCUAAGUGUGAAUUGUUUUUCUUGCAAGAAAUUGUCAGCAAUCGCAGUCUCCGGGGUGGUGAAGCUACUCGGCUGGAUAAAUGAAAAAUGGGAAAAAAACAGACUCAAUAGAUUGAUCCGUCAGUACCUGCCUUUCUACCUUUUUCUGCAUAUCCUUUUCUUUCCUGAUUCCAGGAUUAUUGGCGGCAAAAUUUAUCAUGGGGAGGUUAUUGGUAAAGACUGGCUGCCCAGAGAUAAAGAAAGGAAAAACAGAUAUUCAAAACCCACAGAUGACAGAGAAAACCAAGUGGAGACGUUCAAAGCCUCUGGAUUCAUUCCUCGGAAGGGAGAAGCCACCUUCCUUCUGCACUACGAGGAGCUCCUCCAGAGACGGUUGGGGAAGUACCAGUACACGGUCAGCAUCCGACCCCAGCAGCUGGUGGGCAAGUUACGGGUGGAAGUGAACAUCCUGGAGAAUUCGGGAAUCAACUCUCUGGAAGUUCUGCCACUCCAAAAUAACAAAGCCAAGGGAGCGGCGGGCAGCGAAGACCCCCCCACUCCACCACCUUCAACAGUGGUUGGCCAGACAAAGACUUUGGCUAAAGUAACCUUCAGUCCCAAUUUGGUUCAGCAAGCCAAGAUUGCGAGGAACGGCAUUCUAGGAGAUUUUAUCAUCCGAUAUGAUGUCAACAGAGAGCUGAGUGUCGGGGAGGUCCAGGUUUUGAAUGGAUAUUUCGUGCACUAUUUUGCGCCCAAAGAUCUCCCUCCACUGCCAAAGAACAUUGUCUUUGUCCUUGACAGAAGCGCUUCCAUGGCGGGCACCAAGAUGAAGCAGACCAGAGAGGCUCUGUUCACCAUCCUCAAUGAUCUUCGGCCUGAAGACCAUUUCAACAUUAUUGGCUUCUCCAAUGAAAUUAAGGUCUGGAAAGAAGAGCAGUUGGUACCUGUGACUUCCCACAACAUACGAGAUGCAAAGUUCUACAUCCAUCGCGUGCCACCUAAUGAAGGUACCAAUAUUAACGGGGCUCUUCAGACCAGCGCAAAAAUCCUCAAUGAUUAUAUCACCCAGAACAAAGCAGAAUCGCGAAGCGCCUCCCUCCUUGUGUUCUUGACCGAUGGCCGGCCCACCAUUGGGGAGAUCCAGGCGAGCAAGAUUGUCAACAACCUCAAGGAACUCAUUCGCAACCGGUUCUGCGUCUUCACUAUUGGCAUCGGAAAUGAUGUUGACCACAAAUUGCUCGAGAGGUUGGCCCUGGAGAAUUGUGGGAUGAUGCGGCUCAUCCGGGAGAACGAGGAUGCUGCGGGUCACCUGAAAGGAUUCUACGAUGAGAUUGGUACCCCACUUCUUUCAGACAUCCGGGUUGAUUAUCCCGUUGACAGCGUGGACCAAGUGACUCAGAACUUCUUCCCCAACUAUUUCAAUGGUUCUGAAAUUGUCAUUGCUGGAAAACUCUUCAACAAGACAGCCCACACCUUACAUGUAGAAGUGACAGCCAGCAACAGUGACAAGCAUGUCCUUCUGAAAACAGAUGUGGCCAUUGAUCUCUCUGGACAGAAUCACCUUGAGGCUAGUUUUGUUGGGGCCCAUAACUCCUCAAAUGAUCAAAACUAUGUUGAGCGGGCCUGGAGUUACCUCACCAUCAAGGAAUUGUUGACUUCCUGGUUGAAGAGUGACAAUAGCAAGGAGAAAGCUUCUCUAAGGGAGAGAGCCAAGAAUUUGGCCCUCACUUACAAUUUUGUCAUUCCCUUCACCACCCUGAAGAUGAAGGCCCUUCCAUUUCAGGUGGAACCCCCAAUGGAAGUCUAUACCGGACCUUCAACUGAAGGGGUCGGUGAAAUCGUGCAGGGCCUUCAAGGUCACCAAGUGCCCUCAGACUCUAUGCCUGAAAAAUCAGAGAAGCAAAAAAUCAAAGUGACUAAAACUUCAGCGGACGGCGACCCUCAUUUUGUCAUCGAUAUGCCGCUGAGCAAGCUAACUGUCUGCUUCAACAUUGAUGGGCAACCAGGCGAUAUCCUUAGAUUAGUUUCUGAUCACAAGAACUCUGGGGUGACUGUUAAUGGUCAGCUAAUUGGAGCACCCGCCCCACGGAAUGGUCAUAAGAAGCAGCGGACGUACUUCAAGAGCAUCACAAUUCUCAGUGACAAACCAGAAAGAUCCUACCUGGAAAUUUCACCCACAAAGGUCAUCUUGGAUGAUGGGAAGAGACUUGUCUUUCCCUGUGACCGCAGUGCCAUGGUAGUAGGCAAGAAUCUCCAAGUGAGCAUCGUGGCCCACUCCAACAUCACUGUGGUCCUACGAGAUUCCAUUAGUUUUGUCAUUCUCAUCCAUCACUACAGGAACCCUGCCCGCUAUCAAAAAAAUCAUUUGGGUUUCUACAUCUCUAACAGUCAAGGACUUUCCACAGGUUCUCAUGGGCUGAUAGGCCAGUUCUUACACCAAGACGCUCAGCUGCUCACUGAGCCUUACUCACAAAAAUGUAACCUGGGCAGCUGGAACGAAACAAAAUCUGGGGACACAAACUUGGGUCAUGCCCUACAGCUGAAAGGGCGCUUGGUGCCCGUCGUGUGGAAGCAGAGAAAGAUCUACAAUGGCCAACAGGAAGUGGAUUGCUGGUUUGCCAAGAACAAUGCAGAGAAACUGAUCGACGGGAGCUACAAAGACUACUUGGCCUCCCACCCGUUUGACACAGGGACUAGCACCUUGGUGGAAAACAGACUUUGAAGAGACAAAAUCUCCCUGGCUUUCCUCCGAGAAGAAUUGGGUGGCUCUCAAGGAAACGUUUAUAUUUUAAUUUAAUUGUACUUCUCUGUUGAAGUACUGUAAAUUUGCUAAGCAUUGUUUGAAUCAUGGCUAUCGUAGCUAACCUGUGUCUGCAUUCACACAACAUGCUAACCCUGAUUAGCAUGUUGUGGCUUAGCCUGUUACACAAACUCAGCCACACAGCACCUAUUGUACUGUAAUGUAGCUGGAUGGAUAUGGGGAACACACACACUCACAUAUUUCACAGUCUCCAGAAAGUAGCCGCCUUAAUGUAUGGGGGUAAAACUUAUCAAGGAGUCUGGUAGCAUUUUAAAAACUAAAAUAAAGA